AUGGCUCCAGCAGCUCAAACACUGUUUAUGUCUGAAGAGGGGCUUGAGCGAUUAAAAGAAGCUGAACCAUACAGACAGAAGGCAUACCAAGAUGGGAAGAAUGGUAUGUCGAUCGGUCAUGGUGUGAACAAUAAACAUCACCCUGAGAUAUUUGGACGACACGGCACAUCGGUUACGAGGGAACAAGCACACCAGCAGUUAGUGGACGUGAAUCGCCAACAUGCUCGAGAUCUUAGGAAGAGACUCGGCCCCGAAACAUGGGAUGGCUUGAAACAAGGACAGAGAGACGGCCUUCUCAAAGCGGCAUAUAACGCUGGACCGAGAACAGUUGCUGAGGCUACUAGGGAACACCUACAGAAAAAGGACUGGAAUGGGGUUGCGGAAAAGCUAGGGAACAUGGCGCCUUUUGGGUUCAUUGGGGCUCAAAAGGUCGAUUUGAGUUCACGUCGUAAGACGGACGCCGAUUAUUUUCUGGAGAACAGCCCUACAGAGGACUCAACGCAUCAGGAUUCCGCAAGUGCUAACCUCAGUGGUGCUGCUAUUGCCGGUGCUGCUGUUGGCACAGUUGUUGGUGUACCUGUAUCGGUUACCACUGGUGGCGUUACAUUUUCACUUGUUUCAGGGGCGUCCCUGUCAACAGGCGUGGUGAAUGUUGGCAUCGCCGUAUCUUUUUCCAAUCCCAUCACAGCAAUUUGCUGUGUCGGGAGAUUUAUGGUCUUUGGCACAGUAGCUGGAUGCGCUCUUGCUUCUAUUUGA